UUCGCUAAUCACCUGCCUUGUGCUGGUUGCCUCUCAGUGAUGACUCAGACAGACACACAGACACACACUCACUCUCUGUCAUCCCAAGACCUAAGCAUCGCUGCAACUUUAGGAAAUAAACUCUGUUGAAUAUACAUACUUCUGCAGCUAAUAUUUUUCCCUCAGGUGUGUAAAAAGAGCACAGAAAAAUGUUUCCUAUAUUUUGGAUCCUCCUCCUUCUCCCUCUGGUCUCCGCCCAGACAUACCAUUGGGGUCCAUGCCCCACACCCAGUGUCCAGCCCAACUUCAGCUUGCAGCAGUACCUGGGCACGUGGUAUGAGAUAGCGAAACUUCCAGCAUCCUUUGAGAGAGGAAAAUGCAUCCAGGCCGAUUACUCUCUGAGGGGAGACGGCACCAUCAGAGUCCUCAACUCCCAGUUCUAUAAAGGUAAGGUGCGGACUGUGGAGGGGACAGCAGUGGUCCAGGACCCAAAAAAACCAGCCAAACUGGGAGUCAGCUUCUCCUACUUCACUCCCUACAGUCCGUACUGGGUGCUGAGUACAGACUAUGUGAGUGGAGCGGUGGUGUACAGCUGUACUGACGUGUUGAGGAUUUUCCAUGUCGACUACGCCUGGAUCCUGGGACGUUCCCGCUUCUUGCCCGCAAAGGAAGUAGAGUACGCCAGGCAGCUGCUGGCUAAAGAAAACAUUGACACCUUCAAGAUGAGUGUUACUGACCAAACGGGCUGCGACUAGAUGGAGGUUUAGAGGUCAGAGGUUAGGGUUGUAGGGUUGUAGGGUUAUUUAUGUGUCCACUUCCCUAGUCCUAACGCCGUAGACACUUCUCCCUCUACUCCCAAUGCUCUAUCCACAUGUCAUUUGAGCCCUACCUCUAUAGAUACAGACAGAAAUACGACCAUCACAUACUAGACCUAGUGUCCACCUCUCGUGUCUAAUUAAGCAAUAAGGCCAGAGGGGGUGUGGUAUAUUGCAUGACGCAUCUGGAGUGCCUGGACACAGCCCUUAGCCGUGGUAUAUUGGCCAUGUACCACAAACCCCCGAGGUGCCUUAUUGCUAUUAUAAACUGGUUACCAACGUAAUUAGAGCAGAAAAAAUAAAUGUUUUGUCAUACCUGUGGUA